GCUUCGCCUGUUCCGCUAUGCACGUUGUGCGGUGAUUUCGUUCUGGAAAGUCCGAUAUGCCUUGUUGCUGCGCGUUUGGGUGCCGAAACCGGACGGAAGACGGCAAGAAGUUAUUUUGCAUCCCGCGGGGCAAACAGAACCUAACCAGAAGAAAAGUGUGGUUGCACAGAAUUGGACGGAAAGACUUCGAACCGUCGGCCACUGCACGACUAUGCGAGGACCAUUUCACCGAAGACCAGUUUGAACCGAUUAUUCUCAAGAAUACCGGUGAAAAGAAGCUAAGGCCAUUUGCGACGCCAAGCAUCUUUUUGCAUCGACCAGUUGCAAAGCCACGCAAGCCACCCCCUAAAAGAACAAGAGUGGACAGUACUGAUGACCCCAAAGUCAAGCAAAACACACAGGUCGAUGUCGAACCCCAGCCAGUGGACACCGAGAAUGAUGUUCCUGAUAUGCAACCAGACCCACAGAUUCCUGCCCCAUUCCAGCCAGAAAGUACACAGGCUGGCCUGUUGAUACAAGCAGCUCUGCAGAGGAGGGUGGCACAGCUUGAAACUGAACUUCAGGCGGCGCGACGGAAGCUUCAACUUGCUCAGAGGCAGCGUUUGCAGGCACUAACUGCAAAUAAGCGCCUUGUCGCAGGACUAAACAAAUACUUGAAUGAAGACCAAGUUAAAUGUCUCAAGAUGGCAACAAUGCAGGGGACUCGAUGGACUAAGAAGACUGUUAUAAAAGCUUUGAAAAUGAGACUUUCCUGUGGAGCACGUGGCUAUGACUCAGUCAGAGAGCUUGGACAACCUCUGCCAACAGAACGCACCCUACAUCGUCACUUGGAAGGGUACAAGUUCACACCAGGUUUGCUGGAGGACAUCAUGGAGUCUCUCGCACUGAAGGUUAGCUUCAUGUCACCAGAGGAGCGGCACGCCACUUUGAUGCUCGAUGAGAUGCAGCUUGCUCCAGGCUUAGUGUACAACCCAUCCUCGGGAACAGUUCUUGGAGCCCUCUUGCAGACGCAACACUGCCACCCGACUGUUUGGCCACUCAUGGGCUGGUAUUUAUGCUCGGUGGGAUAACAACCCGCUGGAAGCAAACAGUUGCUUACCAUUUGACUGGAAAUUCAUUCCAUGCAAAAACAGUUAAGGAUAUAAUCAUUGUCAUCAUAAAAGCAUGUGAGGCAAUUUCCUUGAAAGUAGAUGUUGUGGUGACAGACAUGGGAGGGGGGAACCAAGCCGUCUGGAAACUGUUCGGUAUAAUUGUAGGCAAGCACAGCAAGCCUAAAACCUGGUGUCCCCACCCAUGUGAUGCAUCUAGGCAACUUUUUUUCAUGGCUGACGCUCCUCAUCUCCUUAAGAACCUGAGGAGCCACUUAACUAAGGGCCAGAAGAUAUACUUGCCCGAAGAAGUAGUGGAAAAAAACAAUCUGCCAGGAAAUGAAAUAUCUAUCGAGCCUAUAAAGAAGCUUGUCGAGAUAGACAGCAAUGCAGAGCUAAAGCUAGCUCCCCACCUGAAGCCUUCUUCAGUUGACCCCAGCCAUUAUGAUAAAAUGAAGGUGGGGCCAGCAUUCAGCCUUAUCAACAGCGACACUGCUUCUGCAGUACGCUUGCUUGUAGAUAAUGGGACAUUAGAUAAAUCAGCCUUAACAACUGCAUGGUUUCUUGAGAUGAUGUUUCGGUGGUUCAGACUCAUGACUUCCAGAACAACAAAACUGGCUUUGAGCCAUUUUGAUGAUGUUGAAUAUGGAAAAGCCCUUCAGUUUCUUGAAGAAACAAUCGCACUUUUUGAAAAAAUAUGUAUUGGGGAUGAAAAAAAAGCCACCUGGAAACCAGUGCAGACUGGCGUUAUCCUAGCGACAACAUCAGUGUUGCUACUGCAGGCACUGUUUCUUGAAAAGUACAACUUUAAGUUUCUGCUCCUGAGCAGGUUCGGCCAAGAUGCCCUAGAGAAUCUUUUCUCUACACUAAGGUGUAAAAACCCGGUGCCUCGUGUACUUGAAUUCAAGUUUUCGCUUCGAGCUGCUACGAUGGCCCAGUUUCUGAGGCCAAGUAAGGACGGCAGCUACACUGAAGAAGACUGCUUUCUCUUGACUGGCAUGGCUGAUGACAACAAACCAAAUGAAAGCAAAAUGUAUGUUGUUCGUCCGUCUGACCUCCUUGAUAUUCAGGACUUAGAACAUGAAUCCUUGGAGUACCUUGCUGGUUAUGUUGUUGCACAAGUAAAGAAGGCAAACUCCUGUCAAGCCUGUGUUGAAGCGAUCACAAGCUCAGCCGAGGGCAACAAGCUCACAAUGCUGAAGUGCUACAACAAAGAGAAGCCGGCAUUGACAGUCCCAUCACCAGCUGUCUUGCAGUUAAUAGAGACUGCUGAAAAUUAUGUGCGCCUAAAUGAAGAUGCACUGCUUGCAAACAGAGUUUCUGCAUCUAAACUUCAGAAUACCAUUCAAAGUUCCCUGUACAUGGGCAAUUGCUUCCCUACAUGCCACUGCAUAUCGGACAAACUGCUUGCCACGUUUUUAAGAACUAGAAUUUCAAUUCUCGUGAAAAAGAAAAACCAUCUCCUUAUGACAAAAAUUCAAAGCUCACAGAAGUGUGGUAGCCGAAGCAUUGGAAUGCAUGUUGCUGCAGAUAGCAUUAGGUGGUACUGGUAGAAAAGUUUGUGUAAAAUGUAUGGUGUCUGGCUGUUCUAUGUUUUUUAUUUUAAUAGUUAUUCAAGCUACGCUUUCUGUUCAGUGCCAGCAUCAUGUGAUGUCCUUUUGUUCACUUUGAAGCACAUCCUAAGUGUAUUUUGUGCAUUGCAUGUGUAAUUAAAUAUACAAGUACCUGCAUUACCCUGUACUUUGCAAUGUGGGUGGCAUGUGCCGCAGCUUUUGUCUGCAAGCAUAACCUUACGUAGUUGUUGUACUACUUAGUGUCGUUAUAUUUUUGUGCUGCAUGUGUAUAUGGAUGGAUGGAUGAAAAACUUUGUUCAGCUCCUGCAAGGCGGCAUGUGUAUAUGCCCAGCCAUUAUGGUAUAUAAGUGGUGGUUGCUGUUACUGUACUACUCGUGUAGUGAUAAUUGUGCGGUAUUAUGAAACUUUGUUUUUGUUUGUGUAUCAUUCGGGCUCUCGUUGUAAACGAAGAAUACUGUAGUUCCUACAUUGUGAUCUGUUCUAAAUUUCAUAUUGUUCUGUACGCCUUGUGUAUUUCUUGUAUUGUGUUAUUCACAUUGUAUUGCUGGUCCGAUCUAAAGUAUGGCAUUUGGACUGGCUGUAUGUUCUUAAAUAAAUAAAUAAAUACCACAUUGCCACUGCCACUGGCCA